AUGGUAAGUCUUCAUCUCUCUCUCCGUCGUUUGCGCUAUCCUACCCGCGGAUAGUAUCAUUCUUUUGUCCAUUCUGUCUGUUUAUAAAAGCUUUUUCAAACUUCAGGCUCGGCGUUAUGAUUCCAGAACAACCAUCUUUUCGCCCGAAGGCCGGCUGUAUCAAGUAGAAUAUGCCAUGGAGGCUAUCAGUCAUGCCGGUACAUGUCUUGGCAUCUUAGCUUCCGAUGGAAUUUUGAUUGCCGCGGAGAAGCGGAACGUGCAUAAGCUGUUGGACGACGAAGUUCUAACAGAAAAGAUCUAUCGUAUCUCUGAGAACAUUGCUUGCACUGUGGCCGGGAUUACUGCUGAUGCCAACAUUCUCAUAAACAGACUUCGUUAUUGUGCUGCCGAUUACAAGUACAAUUAUGGCGAGCCUAUUCCAUGUGAAGAACUGGUUCAGUCGCUGUGUAAUGAGAAGCAACGUUACACGCAGAUCGGAGGUAAAAAAUUGCUUUUUCUCUUUUUGAGAUUUAGGUUAGGUGUAUGAGUCUGGAAAUAUUUUUUGUGUUUUCAGGAAAACGCCCGUUUGGUGUGAGUCUCCUCUACGUUGGUUGGGAUCAGCAUUAUGGCUUUCAGCUGUAUCAGUCUGAUCCUUCUGGCAAUUACACUGGAUGGAAGGCAACUUGCAUUGGAAACAACCACCAAGCUGCCGUGUCUCUUCUAAAACAAGAAUACAAGAGCCCAACUCUUGAAGAAGCCACCAAAUUGGCCAUGAAAGUGUUAUCAAAGACCCUGGAUGUGAAACUUUCUGCUGAUAAAAUCGAGAUGGCAACUUUGACAAGGAAGGAUGGGAAGACUUUGAUCAGUGAACUCACAACCGAUGAAGUUACUCGGCUAAUCAAAGAACACGAAGAACGUGAAAAGGAAUCAGAAACUUCUUCCGCUCAGACCUAA